GGGUACAAAAGUUGGAUCGAGAAAUCAGAUAAGCCCAAGUAGUGUCAACACUGGUUAUUUAGUGAGUAUGUUCUACUGCAUCCUCGCCUGUAUGGACUACCUGCGUUACCCUCUACCAUGGCGACAGAUCGAUUUUCACGAUAUUCACAGAUAUGUCUUUAGAUAAAGAGACAGACAUUUGAUUCUCUGCGCGUCCAGAUUUAAUUGUUUCCAUCGGCCAAAAGUCACAGGGUGGCUUUUUGAAAUUUGCCUUUAAUUUCUGCCUCCCUGGUAGAAGGUAGACCUGCGUGGGGAGUAGAGAAUUGGGUUGAAGUUAUGAAAGACGUGGGUUUUAACGUAAAACUCUGUGUGGAGAACAGUGCUCACUUCGUAUGCUCACUAUGCUUCUUAUAUUGAAAUGUUCGUAAGGAGAGACUAAGGAAGUUCGAAAAUAUGUUUCGAGGUACGAAAAUUGGACUGAAAACUUAUGCUUGUACUAGGGGUACUAGGUCCAAAAUCAUAUGUUGAAUUAAUUACACAAUGUUAUAUAAUGUGUAUGUGAGUUUUUCAUUUUCCUACUAUUUACAGUUUUCUUGGAAAACACUCGUAAACAAUUAUCGUUCAUCAGUGUAUAUUAAUUAUCUACAUAUUAAAGCCAGGAAAUGCGAAUAAAGCAGCGCAAUUUACGAAAAAACUGAAGUCUGCAUCCGCUUUAAGAGUGUUAAUCAAGUAGGUUAAACGUGAGAUUUGCCAGAACAUCGCCUAACAUCUCUCCGCAAUGACGAUGGGCAUUUUUGUGAAGUAUUGGUUUUUGUUGUCAUGUCUUCCAUGGGCCUGUGACUUACAUGGGUUUUCAGCCGCUCCAGGCUCCCGCUCCAGAUACAGGCCGAACCUGGGUCGUCUGGAGGCGAUACAAGGCAGUUCGUGCCCCGGAAACAGGGUCCCUGAACUUGUAUUGGGCUACACUACACCGUGUUCGGGGGAACGGUUUUUCCAACUGAGGGAAUUUCACUUCAACAACUGUCAGACGUGUUCCCGUGUGCUGGGUGACAAGAUAACUUAUACUCCUGCUGGUGUUGUCCCGGCGACCACGCCACGCUCAGCCAGUGUAUCGAGUGCGACAGACAAGGGGGUGGGAGGAGGCGUGCCAGGCUCCGCGAUGACUGGUUCUAAAGACAUUUCUGUCUGCUCGUACGGCAAAUAUGAUUUCAUAGAUUUAUGUAAAUGGAGACAGAGGGGACGUGGCAGACCAAUGAAUGGAUUUGCAAACCUAUAA